GGCGGUCUUCUGAGAAGCCUUCUCCACCAAGGGGAAUCACUUCAGUGGAAAAGGGAACUGGGGUGGCAGCAAAACGAGUUGGUUUGCAAACCUUUUCCAAGUUCGGACAGUCAGAAGAAAAAAAAAAACCCAAGAUGGGAGAAGACAGCCUAAAAUGAAGACUGAGAACUGAGGACCAAAGAGGACAUUCUGACCAGCACAAUCCCCUAUUUGCUGAGGAUGUUGUUAACAGGACAUCCACAGAAGACAGAACUGAGGCAAAUUCAUUACAGGUUUCUAAAAGAAGAAAAAGAGGAGAAAGUGAUAAACUCAGGAACGGAUCAGCAGUUGGGAAUGGAGGAAUCGGAAGACACUGGUGAAGGUUAUAUCUGCAAAGUUUACAGUUCAGAUUGUGCAAAUUCAUCUGGGAGAUGUCUGAUAAAAAUACUGAAAAUGCAUAAUUACAAAGAAAUAUUUUUGUACCAUCUAUUCUAGUGGGAGUUUUGGGGCCAGUGAAGAGAAUGCAGAGGCUGUUACAGAAAGAAGAGCAAAGUAAAGUGGAAAUCGUUUCUACACGGAAGAUUUAGCAGAUGCACCCUCGUUACAACCACGGAUCAAAAUAAACGGUUGCUCCUUGGUCAAGAAUUUAUUCAGUAAUUGGAGUACUUUAACAUGACUGAGUGGAAUCCCGUGGCGAAGGUGUACGACCCUUUGAAAGCGGGGAGCAUCGAUGGCACAGACGUGGAGCCGCACGACCGCGCAGUGUGGAGGGCCAUGCACGCCCGCUACGUUCCAAACAAGGGCGUGGUCGGAGACCCCGAACUUACGCUGUUCGUGGCGCGCCUCAACCCGCAAACCACCGAAGAGAAGGUUCGCGAGGUUUUCUCAAAGUACGGGGACAUUCGCCGGCUGCGCUUGGUGAGGGACAUAGUUACCGGCUUCUCCAAAGGGUACGCCUUCGUCGAGUAUAAGGAGGAGCGCGCGGUCACAAAGGCGCGCCGGGACGCCAAUAAAUUGGUGGUGGACCAGCACGAACUGUUUGUGGAUUACGAGCUGGAGCGGACCCUGAAGGGGUGGAUACCUCGCCGUCAGGGCGGGGGGCUGGGAGGGAAGAAGGAGUCGGGUCAGCUAAGGUUCGGCGGGAGAGACAGACCUUUCCGGAAGCCUAUCAAUCUGGCACCCAUGUCCGGUGACUGGGGGCAGCCUCAGGAUUGGUCCGGAGACCGACGAUGGGAGAGAAGUGGAGAAAAGGGGGACAGAAAUAGAGACCGGGACAGGUCGCCAGUCAGGGAAAGAGACCAUGAGCGGGUGAGAGAGAGACGAGAAGAACGCCAUAGAGGGCGAGAACGGGACGACAGAGACCGACACAGAGAAAGAAGAGAAAGAGACAGAAGUAAUGAGAGGGAUAUGAAGAGAGAAAAGGAUGAAAGUAGGCACAGAGAUAAGGACAGACACAGAGACAAGAGAUGAGCUUUGUGAUGUCAUUUCCUGCAUGUGAGCUAUUGGACAAUAGACUUGGUAUCUAACUUAUUUACUACUUAACACCCUCUUUUAAAUGGAUGUCAAGUGCUCAACCAGGACUUGGGUAAAAUCGUUUUUAACGAAUAGUUGAGUAGGAAAUUAAACCCAGCAAUAAAGAUUGUUUGCAAUAAAUGUUUUUUUGUUGA